AUGGCUUAUUUAGGACGUCGGCUCGGGCCGUCGCGCAUUUUCCUCCCGGGUGUGUCCGUGUUUAGACUUACUAGCUCGGUCGGGAUGGAAGACAUGGGUCUGGCGAUGAGUCGGUCCCCGCUGGAGCGACUCGACUUUGACAAUCUCGCCCUCAGGAAACUUCCCAUGGACCCGUCCGAGGAGCCGGGUGUGAGGCAGGUGAAAGGAGCCUGUUUCUCCAGGGUCAAACCGCAGCCGGUGACCAAACCUCGGUUCGUGGCGGUGUCACACGAAGCUCUCGCUCUCCUGGGGCUCAACGGCGAGGAGGUCAUGAACGACCCGCUGGGGCCGGAGUAUCUCAGCGGGUCCAAAGUCAUGCCCGGGUCCGAACCAGCCGCACACUGCUACUGCGGACAUCAGUUCGGACAGUUCGCAGGUCAGCUGGGUGACGGGGCCGCCUGUUAUCUGGGGGAGGUUAAGGUCCCACCUGGGCAAGAUCCAGAACUGCUGCGGGAAAAUCCGAGCGGCAGGUGGGAGAUCCAGGUGAAGGGAGCCGGACUCACCCCUUAUUCCAGACAAGCCGAUGGCCGUAAGGUGCUUCGCUCCAGUAUAAGGGAGUUUUUGUGCAGUGAAGCGAUGUUCUUCCUUGGUAUACCUACAACUAGAGCAGGGUCUGUCGUGACCUCUGACAGUAGGGUCAUACGUGAUGUGUACUACAGCGGACACCCUCGCCAUGAGAAGUGCUCUGUGGUUCUCCGUAUUGCUCCCACCUUCAUCAGGUUUGGAUCCUUCGAGAUAUUCAAGCGGGCGGAUGAGUUCACAGGUCGCCAGGGUCCCAGCUAUGGCCGAGAUGAAAUCAGAGGUCAGAUGAUGGAUUAUGUCAUUGAGAUGUUCUACCCUGAGAUCCAGCAGAAUUUUCCAGACCGGGUGGAGAGGAAUGUGGCUUUUUUCAGAGAGGUGAUGGUCCGCACAGCCCGACUCGUGGCUCAGUGGCAGUGUGUUGGAUUCUGCCAUGGAGUCCUGAACACAGAUAACAUGAGUAUCCUGGGAGUUACACUCGACUACGGGCCAUACGGCUUUAUGGACAGGUUUGAUCCAGACUUUAUCUGUAACGCCUCAGAUAACUCUGGCCGUUACUCAUACCAGGCACAGCCAGCCAUCUGCAGGUGGAACCUGGUGAAACUUGCAGAGGCUCUCGCUCCUGAGCUGCCACCUGACCGUGCUGAGGCUGUCAUAGAUGAAUACAUGGAUCUGUAUAAUGGCUUCUACUUGGAAAACAUGAGGAAGAAACUGGGCUUGCUGAAGAAGGAGGAGCCUGAGGAUGAGAUGCUGAUCACAGAGCUCCUGCAGACCAUGCAUAACACAGGUGCUGAUUUUACCAACACUUUCCGCAGCUUGAGUCAAAUCCCCUGUCCUGUUGAGGGAGAAACUGAGGGAGAGGACCUUAUCAGACAAACCACAGGCCUGCUGUUGGAGCAGUGUGCCUCUUUAGAGGAGCUCAAGGCUGCCAACAAACCCACUAUGGAUCCACGUGAGCUGGCAAUGCUGCUCUCUUUGGCUCAGAGCAACCCAACACUGUUCCAGAUGAUCUCAGACAGGAUGACAAUAGCGAGGCAGUUAGACAAGCUCAGCAAACUGAAAAACCUUAUGGAGACUGGCCAGGAAGAGCUGAGAAGUAAACAGGCUGAGGAGUGGACCAGCUGGAUCACACGCUACAGGAAGCGUCUGGGGCGGGAGCUGGAAGGCCAGAGUGAUAUCCAGGCUGUGCAGGAUGAGAGGGUGAAGGUGAUGGACAGCACCAACCCACGUGUGGUGCUGAGGAACUACAUUGCACAGAAUGCAAUCGAGGCAGCAGAAAAUGGAGACUUCUCUGAGGUCCAAAGGGUCCUCAAAGUUCUGGAAAAGCCUUUCUCUGCCCAGCCCGGAUUAGAACUUCCUGCGUGGGUGGGCAAAGGCGGAACACCUGAAGAGGCAGAAAGGGAUGAAGGAGAGGAGCCGCAGCAAGAGGCAGCAUCUACAUCCACAAGCAGAGAUCCUGUACCUUAUGACAGCAAGCCCCCAGCCUGGGCCCACGAAAUAUGUGUCACAUGAUCUUCGUAAUAACUUCCUUGACAGUUAGCUGGCCUGCCUGAAAUGAUAAGAGAGUGUGCUGGGCUUUUAGUUCUUUGUUUAUCCUUCACGAUCCUGCUCUCUCUUCCAGGCCCUGUAUAACUCUCUAUUGCUUUGGCAGGCAGUGUCAGGGAAGUUAACAUAAAGCAUGACACCCCAUAGGAAACCGAGCUGAUACAAAGCAGACAGAGAACCGGUUAAGUUUAGAGCUAAAGAAUCACGAAGCUGCAAUCAUGAAUUCGUCUGGUGGAAAAGUUUUUAUAAUGAGUCAAAUACGCCAAGGAUAUAACUCUGACUUGAUAGUUUUAUACAGUUGUGGGUUUGCCUAAAGCAUGACGUUGCAGCUGAGAUGAUACCAGAAGUGGUUUAUUGAAGCCUUAGAUUUGAGACUUCAUUGAUGAAGGCUCACAUCUACAUUAACGUUAACAUUCAUUCCUGUGUUUUGGUCCACAUCCCUGUAUGCUGAUUACAUGAACUGUUAGAAAAAAAAUGGAUUUUAAAAAAGAAACCACACACAAAUGUAGUUUUAGGAAAUAUAUUUAGCAUGUAAAUAAACGUUGGAGCAAAAUAACACAGGAGGUUGGAAGGGACAUUUUUCAGUCAAUGUGAAAUGCCACAAACUCAACCUGUUUCCUGACUGCUGGGUGUUGGCUAGUUGAUGACGACUCAGACAAAAAGGCAUACAUUGACCGGUCUGACUCUGAAAAACCUGUGUGGUGUCGCUUUAGCAUAUACCAAAAUUGGUUUGUGAACAUGCAGAAAAGUUCAUUUGAGUGAGUGAAAGGAAAGACUGAAAAUCGGAUUGUGAACAUGCAGAAAAGUUCAUUUGUGUGAGAGAAAGGAAUGACUGCACUUGAUCCACUUAAGCCGCCACAGAUAAACACGCACAUUAUUUCUGCUUUUAAUACAAAGCAUUACUUUUUGUCACUUUCAUAGCUUUAUUUGCAUAAGCAUCAAAACAUAUAAUGCAGAAUGUGUUGUUAAGCAUUUGAACCACAAUAUAUGGAGAUUAAAAGGAAAAAUCAGGACAUCAUGUUUGUUUUGGCUAUUUAACCAGAUAGCAAACUUAAACAAUUUUAGGGGAAAGUCUGUUGUAGACUGUGUCACAAAUGUGAUACUAUCAAGCAGGGAUUUACAGGGAAGAAAAGCUUGUUUUAACAGUAGGAACAGUACAAACUUUGACUUGGUUUGGAAAUGAAUUGUUUUAUGAGAAAAAACGCACUAAAGUUCAGCCACAGAUAACAAACCUAAGUUUAUCUGUCAGUGUUUUAUUUUAAUGGUUAAAUUCUGACUCCUUUGUUGCCUCAACAUAUCCUAAUAAAUUUAGCUGUCAGUCA